AAUGAUUGUCAUAAUCAACUGAAUGUUUUAGGUAUUUAAUUUGCGAUAUAAAUCUGCACUAAACAAUUACCUGUUGACACUUACAUCUGCACAUAAUGUACGUAGUUGAUAGGAAAAAACAAGCACACGAUGGAGGAGUGUGGUGUUGUGAUUGGAAAGCCUGUCCUCCAGAAACCAUUAAUAAAAAUGCAAUUUUUAAAACUGAAAUAUUUACAAUCCCAGAUGAACCACUUCAGGAAUAUAUUGUAACUUGUGGAGGAGAUAAAUUUGUAAAAGUUUGGGAACUACAUGGUGAUGAAUUAGAAUUGAAACAUAACUUAGAAGGCCACCAAUCUGGUGUGGUAUCAGUUGCAAUAAGUAACAGUGGAAAAUUAUGUGUGUCAAGAGGAUUAGAUUGCACUUUGAGAAUUUGGGACAUCGAGAAGGGAAGCCAGAUUGCAGAAGCAGUUGUAAUGCCAACAGAUUCAUGGUCUGUUUUAUUUACUCAAGAUGAUCAACAUGUAAUAUCCUGUUCAAAAGCUGGAAUUGUCACAUUGUAUAAUGCAAAAACAGGAAAACCAGAAAGAAAAUUUGGCAAAAACACUAAGGGCAGUUAUCCAUACAGUAUGGCAUGUAGUCCAGAUGGAAAAAUAGUUGUGACUGGUAGUGCUGAUGGGAUUAUUAAUGCAUAUGAUAUACAUAAUGGCAAACAUUGUGGAAGAGUAGAAAGUCAUGCUAAGGCUAUUCGAAGUAUGUGUUUCACAUAUGACUCCCAGAAUUUAUUAACUUCAUCUGAAGACCAACAAAUGAGAGUUUAUGAUGUGCAAACUACAGGUAUUGAUAUGGUUACCACUAUAUGUGGACAUGAUUCAUAUAUUUUAAGUGUGUCAUUGUCGCCUAAUGGGAAAUAUUUUGUGUCUGGUAGUGCAGAUAUGACUAUCAAAGUUUGGGAUUUUGAAUUAAGAACUUGCUUGGAAACAUUCAUUGAGCAUACUCAUCCAGUAUGGUGUGUAAAAUUUGCCCCGGAUGGCAAUAAAAUCAUUUCAGUAUCUGAAGAUAACAGUAUUAAAAUUUAUUAUUUUCCCUCAUAAUACUGUUUGUUAUAAAUAUGUGUAUUACAUUAUGUAAUAUGUAUAGUUAAGAAUGUUAAUAAAUAAUAUUUUGUUA